AUUAAAAUUAACUAAAACUGUUUAACACACUAUGAAUAUAUUAAUUAAAGUUUUUAUAACGUUGUCAAAAACUAUCACAGUACGAUACGAAGCAUAAGUAAGUGUUAAGGUCUUCAAAAUAUUACAUAUAAAUACGAAAUGGUGUUCCAACGACCCGAUUCUUUACCAUUCCCGAAAGUAUGGCAUCGAUUCCCAGCAAAAGGAACCAUGGUGAGGAUCCAGGACUUAACGGACGACCAGGUGGAGCCGGCUGUUCAGCUCCUCGUGAAGUACUUCAUGACUGACGAGCCACCUUGCAAAUAUAUUGGUGUUCAAAACCAUCCCGUCGCCAAAGCCAGCUUGGAACAAGUAUGGCGCAAUACCAUCAAGGAACGAAUGUCCAUUGUUUGUGUUGAAGAUGUUGAGAAUCCAAAGGAAAUUAUUAGUGUCAAUGUUUUGACAGUUGCUGAUAAGAAUGACAAACGAGAGCCGUUCCAGACAGAUGACAAAGUAUGGGGCAUGCUGUUUGGAGCUGUGGACUUUGUGUGCAAUGCAGUGGACCCUUUCAAGAUGUAUGGAGUCGAUAAGUAUUUGAGUGCCUUAGGACUUGUGGUUGAUCCUAAGUGGCGUGGCUGCGCUAUUGGCAAAGAGAUGCUGCUAGCUCGGGUGCCCAUUUGUAAGGCUUUGGGUCUCAAAGUAACAGUAACAGUAUUUACUGCUGGCGCUUCACAAGCCGUGGCUAAGAAACUUGGGUACAAGGUUAUUUACGAAAUUACGUACAAAGAAUUGGCGGAAAAGGGAUUCGUAUUUCCAGGGAUUGAAGAAAAUACUAAGAGCUCAAUGCUUAUGUCAAUGGAGAUAGAAUAAAAACAUUAUAAAGAUGUGUAAUUGUUGAUUUUAUUAGUAAGUACUUGGCAUUUAUUAUAAUACCCUCAUAGAAGAAAAGUCUACACAUGAGUAUAUAAGUUGAAUGUUUUAAAAUAAUCUUAAAGCCAAGUGUCAUAACGUGUUUUUAUUGUUUUAAGGCAUAUUUGUGGCAAAACAUCUCGUGAAAUAAAAUUGUUGUUGGUACAUUACAUUUUUAAAUUUGGAUCGAUAGUUGUUUGUUCUAAUAUUGAUAAGUAACCAGUUUUCUAUAUUUUUUAUAUAUCAGAAAAAAAAUAUUUUCAUAUUUUUUUUAUGAAUGUUUGAUGAAUUUUAUACUUAUUUUGACAAAAGCAAAAUCAUAUUAAGUGAUGGAUCAGUUUUACAUAAAGCAAGAGGGUUUCAAAAUAUCGCAAAUAGUGACCCCUAUCAGCUCCUGAACGGGAUGAAAUUGAAUUACCAAUAAUCCUGAUUUAAUAUUUGUAGCCAAUUAUAUUAUAAGUAAUUGUUUUCUGUGUAUGGAAAUUCAAUAUUAUUUUAAAAGUGUGAGGAAAUUCAACAUUAUUUUAAAUGUGUGAGUUUUCUAGAUAUUGGUUUCUAUAUUUAAAAAAAAAAAUUGUGAAAAAUGCUCACCGUAUAUUUAAAAAAAAAAAAGCAGUCUACUGUCACUGUCCGAAUCGGGUUCUAAAUUAUAGAACAUAUAUAACAUUCGCAGUAUAAUAGGCCAACAGCAAAAGUGUGCUUAAACUUAAAGACAAUGUAAGCACACUUUUCUCCUUAGUCGUGUGUCAACUAUCCAAAUAAAAUCUUAACUGAACAAAUGUUUUACAUUGAUGCUUAUUAACCAAGAAUAUUUUAAUCAACUGGUGUGAAUACGGCAAUGUAUAGACAAAGCUGUCGAAGCUUAAGUGUGUAACUAUUUCGGAUUUGUUUUUAUACGACGUGAUUUGUCUAUAUGUAUAACGUUUUAUAUUAUAUAAAUAAAGAUGUUUCAUUGUUAACAUAAGAAAUUACGUUAUUACAGCUAUAAUAUACAAUGAUAUUAUAUAAUACACAGACGACGCAGACGGUGUAUAUGCAUUACAGUCGAUAAUGCAUAUUUCGGUCGUCAACGAGGAUAAUAUGACCUUGGCUUUGUUGAGUUUAGUUUACAAAAUGUUCUUAGGUAGUGUUCUGCAAAGUAUAACCUGUUACAGUUUAAUAUAAUAUAUUAUUGUCCUA